UUGUACCUAAGUAAAGUUUUAGAUAGCUAAAAGUAAGUUUUAUAAAGAGCUAGAAAGUUAUUAACAAGUUAUUAAUCUAAUCUAACUACUAAAAUGCCUUUUUGCUCUGAGUGUUGUAUCCAAGUAGAUAGCAGGCGGUGGGUAGGUCACCUGCGCAGCGCCGCACACAAAGGUCGGUGCAACGCGUUGCAGGCGCAAGACUUUGAUGGUGUGGUUGAACUUGCAACUGCUUUCCAGGGUCGCAUCGUGUCCUACAGGAUCACUCCUACAGAUGAGUACGUACACUCUUUGCCUGAUAUGUUUUUGCACAGUAUAUUUUCUAAAAUCGAUAACUUAUUGAAACUCUCAUUGAAAAAGCAUAUAAGUUUAAAAGUUAAUUUCGAAUAUUUCGCUAAUUUCUUUUUAUUUAAGAAUGAGCAAAGUGAAGUCAAGUCAUUUGUUAUUAAAAACUUUUUAGUUACUCGCAAUUAUGACUUUGAUAAGAUAUUUGAAACACUUGUUGGUAGUAUUAAAAACAAAGUUGAGGAAUUCGAAGACCGCGAUAGCGGCUGGACUUUUUUGAGCAAUGUUUCCCUGGAAGUCAAUAUUAAUAGGUACGAUCCUCUUAGAGGGUCGGGUUCAACUUACGUUGAUUUACCACUUACAAUAAAAAAGAAAAAGGCGUGUAUUAAUAUCCGGAAUAAGGAUGAAUAUUGUUUUCUGUGGAGCAUUGUUGCUGCUCUGUACCCGGUGAAAAAGAACGGUGAUCGUACAUCCUCAUAUCCAAACUUUGAACAGGUUCUAAACAUUGAUGGCAUGUCAUUCCCAGUAACGUUCAGCGAUAUCGCAAAGUUUGAAAAUAAUAAUCCUGAAAUAAGUGUAAAUGUAUACGCUUUAAAAAAUAAUCGUACCGUAGUAGGACCUAUAUANAAUUAG